ACAAAUUUUCACAACACUAAACAACAGCUAAACACGUGUACAUACAUACCAAUUCAAACGUUACGGUGAACGAAAAAUAAUGCUACCCUGAGUAGUAGGAAAAACAAUUAAAACAGAGAAGAAUUGAGUUGUUCACAGUUAAGAGAGAAAAUGGCGGAAACGAACAGGAAUGGUGGAGUUAGUGAGACGGCAACGCCAUUGCUGAGAUCAAUAGAUGGAGAGUUGGAGAGUGGAAGGGGGAAUAAUGGGAGACCCAAAGAGCCAUGGAAAGGGGAAGUCGUGAAGAGCAUUGUGUAUGCAGGGCUUGAUGCCAUUGUCACUUCUUUUUCCCUCAUUUCUUCCAUUUCUGCUGGCCAUCUUUCUUCUGUUGAUGUUUUGGUAUUGGGUUUUGCUAAUCUAGUAGCUGAUGGAAUAUCUAUGGGGUUUGGGGACUAUGUGUCAAGCAGCACGGAGAAGGAUGUCGCAGCCAAGGAGAGGACAGUUACUGAGUGGGAUGUCAUUAACCAACACAGGCCUCAGAAGCAGGAAUUACUUCGACAUUAUCAGGAACUUGGAAUGAAUGAUACUGAUGCUAAUACAGUGGUGGACAUAUUUUCCAAGUAUAGGGACAUAAUGGUGGACGAGAAGAUGGCAACAGUGAAAGGAUUAUUGCCACCAGAUCAAGCUGACAAACCAUGGAAGAGUGGACUAAUCACGUUUGUUGCCUUCAUCGUGUUCGGUAGUGCACCGCUUCUGGCAUUCAUCGUGCUCAUCCCGUUCACAAACAAUGACACGCACAAAUUCAUAGGUGCGUGUGUGUUUUCUGCAGUAGCCCUUGCACUGCUUGGGAUAGCUAAGGCCAAGAUUGCUGGUCAGAAUUAUGCACUUUCCGCAGGCAUUACCCUUUUCAAUGGACUCGUUGCUGGGGCUGCUGCAUAUGGUAUUGGUUGGGCACUUAGGAAUGUUGCUGGCUUGGAAGAAUAACCACUCAAUAUUAUGUUGCAUAACUGGUUUUGCUGUUAAAGCAAAGCUAAGGGUCACAUAAAGAGAUGAUGAUAUCCUAGGUUUUAACCAUUUUUGUGACAACAAAAUCGAACACUUAAUGACUGAAAUUUACUGUACUAACUUUAUGUAGCGAAUGACUUUUGUCGUCUGGCUAAUGUACUUGUGUAACAGUGUCAUGAUCCUCAAUUAUAGAUAGAAAAUAUCAAUAGAAAUGCUGUUGCCAAGGAUCGAUAUGUGAAUAAAUGGAGUAGUGCAAUUAACUGCCAAUUAAAUCAACGACUGUGAUAAGAGGUUCAUUUAAUUAGCUGGACGAUCGAGAUGAUGCCACGUCACC